GACACUUCGCAGAAAAACGCAAUUCAGCACAAACUGUUUCCGUGCAUGUUUCUUUUUUUAUCGCGAGCAAAGUGAUAUUGGCCAAAAACGGCGGGAAACGCGGGCAUAAAAAACAUUGCCGGUGUUUAGCAAACCGACCAGAUUAAAGACAUCAAGUGUGGCUCUGGUUUGCAAACCUCUUCGGGACAGCUUUGGGGCGUGCGGACGACAGUUGAACGAAAUCAGCCGCCGGAGCAACAGCAACAAGCUAUCAGCAGACGGGAGCGAACCGUGCACGAGGAAACGAUAGCAGCCCUGUGGCACAAGCACAAUGGGCGUCGAAGGCUACCUUCCGUGCGAGAUUGACCCGGUGGAUAAUCUGGAAGUUGCCCUUAAUCGUGCCGCCCGCUGCGACACGCUGUGCGUGAUCGAUGAUGCCAACCUCCAUCCGGUGCUGGCCCGCGAAAUUGAACAGCAGAAAACGUUCGACGCCGGUAUCUGCUCCGAGGUGAGCUGUUUUCGCUGUACAGUUGGCAGCGAGCCGGUUCGCGUCGUGUACAGCCCCGUCGGCGAGCUGUCCGAUUUCGAUGACGUGCGCCGGUACGCGGAAGCUGCCGGUCAGGCGAUGAGGCGCGCACUGAAGGCCGGCGCAAAGUUUCCGCUGCUGGUAUUGCCCGCGCCCACCGAACGCUUCUCGGCCGCCCCACUGGUAGCACUGCUCGGUGCCCUGCACGAGCUGUACGUGCCGCUGCAGCUGCGCGAGGAUGUGCCGGCGAAGCGCCAACGGUACGCGAAGAUUGGCCUGCUGCAUCCGGACGGUGCACAGCGCGGACAGGAUCUGUUGCGCCAGGUGCAGUCGCUGGAGGCGGGUCGGUUUGUGGCGCGCGAUAUCGGCGGCGGCGAUCCGGAGCGUAUGGCACCGCCGCGCGUGGCCGAGUACGUGCUGCAGGCGUUCGCCGGCGGCCCGGUCAAGGUGACGGUCGUGGACGAUCCGCGCGUGUUCGAGCGCGACUACCCGCUGUUCCAGGCGGUCAAUCGGGCGGCGGGCACGGUCGAGCGGCACCGGGGCCGCAUCGUCUUCCUCGAGUACCGGCCGCCGAAGCCGGCCCGCAAGACGGUGGUGCUGGUCGGCAAGGGCGUGACGUACGAUACCGGCGGUGCCGACAUCAAGGCGGGCGGUGUGAUGGCGGGCAUGAGCCGGGACAAGUGUGGUGCGGCCGCCGUGGCCGGCUUCAUGAAGGUGGUCGAGCAGCGGCAACCGCAGGACGUGCACGCGAUCGGUGUGCUCUGCAUGGUGCGCAACUCGGUCGGCGAGGAGUGCUACGUGUCGGACGAAAUGGUGACGUCGCGGGCCGGGGUGCGCGUCCGCGUCGGCAACACCGAUGCCGAGGGUCGCAUGGCCAUGGCCGAUGCGCUCUGCCAGAUGAAGGAGCGCGUGCUGAGCGAGGGCCUGCCCGAUCCGCACCUGUACACGGUCGCCACGCUGACGGGGCAUGCGGUGCUGGCCGUCGGCAACAGUGCCAUCGUGAUGGACAACGGGCCGGCCCGUGCCGCGAACCAUGGGCCCGAGCUGCAGCGGGCCGGUGAGGUGGUGGGCGAUCCGUUCGAAAUAUCGGUGCUGCGCCGGGAGGACUUUGAUUUCCACCGCGGCAAAUGCUACGGCGAGGACGUGCUGCAGGCCAACAAUCUCCCAUCGAGCCGUACGCCCCGCGGUCAUCAGGGCCCGGCGGCGUUCCUGAUGCUGGCAACUGGGCUGGACAAAUGUGGCCUCAGCUCGGCCCAUCCGAUCAAGUAUUCACAUCUGGACAUUGCUGGCAGUGCCGGAGACGUUCCAGACACACCGACCGGAUCGCCCAUCCUGGCCCUGGCGCAGGCUCAUCUGCAAUAAAGCAAUAAAGGGUUAUUUUGCCCCUUGCCUCCUUCCCCAGUGUGAAGCCGGUGAGAAUUGGAUCUGGAAUCGAAUUUCCAUUACGUUUAAUGAAAUAAAGAUAAAGUCGCAAUUUGCGCUUCGGUGAUGGUUUAUUAAA